UAUUGCCAUUGUUGUGAAAUGGUAAAGGACAAUACUAAUACAGUACAUAUACACAGACAACUUCUCGUUAGACGAUACUAGUACAGUACAUAUCAAGGAUGUUGCAUCACGACGAGUUGAUCCGCCGCAUGGAGGAUGGAGUGAGAAAUCAGGUUCCGGCGGGCGGUGGCGACGACAAGGACGCCUUCACCAUCGUCCGCCUGCCGCGCCACGUUCGGGAGAUGAACAGGAGCUUGUACGAGCCGGUCAUGGUCUCAGUCGGGCCGCACCAUUUGUCCAGCGCCAGCACCUGCGGCAUGCAGCCUCAGAAGUGGCGCAUGCUCUGCGAUUUCCUCCGCCGAGAUGGCCGGGACGACGCAGCUGGUCUCCUCCUCCUCGCGGACUGCAUCAAGGCUGUACGCAGGAUGGAGCAGCGAGCGCGGCGCUGCUACGGCGAGGUCCCAGGGCCCGGAAGUGACGACUUCGUCGGGAUGCUGGUGCUCGACGGCUGCUUUGUGCUCCAGUUCCUGCUCCGGUGGAGCGAGAGCGACGCCCGGUGUAUGCAGGGCACGUCCACCUACGUCUACUACGACCUGCUCCUCGCCGAAAACCAGAUGCCGUACUUUGUCCUCGCCAAGCUCUUCAACCUCGUGAAGGGGAUUGAAGGCGACGCUGUGGAUCCGGGGCUUCUUCAUCUCAUAUUUAACCUUUUCAAGCUGCGCGAACCUCUGGGCCAGGUCCGGCCGCCAGCGCUGGCACCGGAGGAUCAGUUCACCGAAGUCCAACACCUGCUCCACCUCCAGUACCAGAGGAUCGUCAUGAUCCCGGAGCGGCAGAGGCUUCGCCAUAUGACGGAGCUGGGCAUGAGCCUGCAUCACAUCCCCGCGGGUCACGCCUCGUUCAGUCGCACGCGGGCGGACCUGACCACGACACCGCUGGCCAUGCCGUGCGUGACCGUGCUCCAGGAGUUCGGCGUCAGGUUCAAGGAGAGGCCCUCGCCGGUGAGCCAGUUCGACGUGACCUUCCACGGCGGCACCAUGGAUAUCCCACGCCUGGUCAUGAACGGCGGCACCAGAAUCCUCCUGGCCAACCUGUUCGCGCUGGAGCAGACCAGGGACUGCUGGAACGAGGGGACCGUGACGGGGUACCUCGUGCUGAUGAACGCGCUGGUGAACACGGGCGCGGAUGUCGCCGUGCUCCAGCGCCACGGCAUCCUGGACAACAUGCUCUCCAACGAGGAAGAGGCGGCGGCUUUCUUCAACCAGCUCGGAGGCAGUGCGCUCUUCGACCCAAGGACGCACCGCUACGCGCGGCUGUUCAAGGACACCAACGAUUUCUGCGACUCUCGCUGGAACCGGUACAUGGCCGUGCUCAGGCGCGACCACCUCCGGACCCCUUGCUCCAUCAUCAACCUCCUCGUGGCGGCCAUCCUGCUCUUCUUCUCGGUCAUCUCUGCUGGCUACGUGAUUUGCCGCUACCGCCAUUCAUGUACCUGAUCAAAUCACUUAUUUCUGCAGAGACGAAAUGGCAGCUCAAUAUGGACAUGGUAGCCACAAUCCAAGCCUGUGACAUAUUCCAACAAUGGAAUCAAUCAUCAAUUAUGUUCUAGUCACAACUUUCAGUAGCCGUUUCUGUCGGGCCACAAGCACAAGAACUCACAAUAGUUGAUCAGCCACAGUUCCAGCGGUCA